CACACGUCGGAUUAUCGACAUGGCCGCCAAGACACCGGUCAAGUCUAUCCUCAAGCAGUCGUCGAAGCAGCGUGCUCCAGCUUUGACCGCCGAAGAGAGGGAGAAGGCGGAGAAGGACCGCAAGAACCUGAAGAUAGCGCUUCACCACGCGUAUAGAAUUCAAGCGCAAAAGGAUAUCGAGGCGCAGAUCCUGGACUCGAUUACUGCUCUCAUCGAUUACCCAGCAUCACCCAGUUUCACGUCUCGCGAGGCCCUCAGCUUCAUACAGCUGGUCAAGCCGUUCCAGCCCUCAGACUAUGACAGUCUCAUUGAAGAAAGGACCAUAGACCACAAAUGCGGAUAUGCGCUGUGCCAGAACUCACCUCGCUCCCAAACGAUGGGUAAGGCGUCGGAGUGGAAGCUGAAGAAAGGUAUGGGUGAUUAUUGUUCUACCGACUGUGCCAAAAAGAGCCUUUACGUGAAAGCGCAGCUCAGCGAAGUGCCUGCCUGGGAGCGCGAGCGGAGCCAGCAGCCAGACAUCAUGCUACACGAAGACGAUCGACCACCGGAGGAAGACACUGCUACUAGGCGAGCGAAUCGCGCAGCUCGCGUGAACGAGUGGCGCGAGAAGGUCGCGAAUGAGGACGAACUUGCCGCUGAGCGUGGCGAGCAGAGUGGCGGUUUCAGGCCAAAGCAGGUCAUGACUGAUGAUGUCGUGGAGAAGAAAAUCAGCUCGAACAUGCCGAGAGCUCCAGAUGCAGAUGUGGAAGUGUUCUUGACUGCUGGAACGAUCGAAGGUUUUGCACCGAAGAAGAUCGGCAAAGACAUCUUCAAGCCGAACCUCAGCGAUGACGAAGACGAUUGAAGUUCGAGUCACUCGCGCUGCCAAGUAUCAAAUGGUAUCAUCAAGUCCGCGACCUCCUGGUAUUCGAAGUCGAGUGGGACCUAGCAGCUUCGCGGCCCCCAGUCUCCAGAGCCCGCACUCCAAACCAUGCCUAGCGCCCUCCUCGAGAAUUUUUGCGUAAACAUCCGACCAGCGACCAUGGAACUCAUGCGCCUGCAUGCUUGCGACUCGAUUGCGAUCAGGACAUAGGUUUACAGACACUGAGCUGUGGAUCCUGCUCCCAGAAAUCGCGACUUGACGAUUAGUCCGAUUUCUACAUGUUACCAUGCACUAUCGCUACGGCCAUUACAUCAAACUCUUCGGGCUUAGACCUCUUUCUACCUCUCCGGCGAACAGCAAAGUACGAGCCACAAAGCUUCCUCCCUC